CGCUGAGCUCAUACACUUUUCUCCUGCGCACUGUCAGUGAAAAGCUGUGCCUAGCCACACAUCGACAUGCAAGUUAGUUUUACUGAAGCCAGUGAUGUUUCCAAUACCAGCUCAGAAACACUGAAUUUAACUCUGACCAACUGCACCUCAACCAAUUCCUCAGCAGAAAUAGAAGACGAAUAUGCACUGGAAUCUUUUUAUACAUCAUUUAAGAUGGAGCAGCUGAUUACCCUCUGGAUUUUGUUUAUUGUCACUAUUUUUGGCAACUCAGUUGUCCUAUUUCUGACCUGGAAGGAAAGAAAGCGGAAAUCGCGUAUGACAUUCUUUGUUACGCAGCUAGCCAUCACAGAUUUCCUUACAGGAAUAAUAAGCAUCACCGUAAACAUUAUAUGGCGAAUUACUGGAGAUUUCAUGGCCCCUGAUAUUGUCUGCAAGAUUGUGCGUUAUCUGCAGGUCGUCCUUCUGUAUGCUUCAACAUAUGUAUUAGUAUCUCUCAGCAUAGACAGAUAUCAUGCCAUAGUUCAUCCAAUGAAGUUUCUCCAAGGAGAAAAACAAGCAAAAGUGCUAAUUGCUGUUGCAUGGACCUUGUCAUUUUUAUUUUCAAUUCCAACAUUUAUUAUAUUUGGAAAACUCAAACUUCCUAAUGGAGAAAUACAGUGCUGGGCAAUUUGGCCUGAUGACUCCUACUGGAUACCUUAUAUGACAAUUGUUGCUCUUUUGGUAUAUUUUAUCCCUUUGAUUAUUAUUAGUGUGAUUUACUUCAUUGUAAUACGAACAAUAUGGGUAAAAAGUAAAGCACACACAGUGAUAAUUUCCAACUAUACUGAUGGAAAUUUUUGCACUAGUUACAGUCAUCGAGGUCUAAUUUCCAAAGCCAAAAUGAAAGCUAUUAAAUACAGCAUUGUGGUUAUUCUUGCUUUUAUACUUUGUUGGAGUCCAUACUUUCUUUUUGAUAUAUUGGACAACUUCGAAAUGCUCCCUGAAACCAAAGAACGUUUCUAUGCAUCUGUUAUUAUUCAGCAUUUACCAUUUUUAAACAGUGCCAUUAAUCCAAUCAUUUACUGUGUAUUCAGCAACAGACACUGUCGCUUAUCCAGAGAUAGAAAUUCGGCAAAACUUGGUGGCACCAUGAGAGAUAAAACAGAAGGGAUUGAAAUGCAAGUGGUUUCGAGACCAGAGUACCUCUAAUAUUUGAACUUCUUAUAGAGAUAUAAUCUAACAAACAAAGAAUCUAUUUCCUCUAGUCAUGUCACUAGAUUUAAAUAAUGUCAUAUAUUAAAAAAUGCUCCUUUUAUUUAUGCCUCUCCCUUAAUUAUAAAAUUUUUACUGCAAAGAGCCUUAAAACUGUCAUGUAUAGUAUAGAGAUGCCCAUGCUUUUUUACCUCAGUUUAUAAUACCCACAAAAUACAAUAAUUAGAUAUUACUUCUUAUAGCAUAUACUUUAGUUUUACUGUGUAUUUAUGACUUAGAAGAAAGUCAUAUUGCUCCUGCAUUUAGUUGAGUGUGCUAUUUUGUACAUAUUCCAUUGCUUAGUUAUUGCUCCUAAAUUAUUUAUUCAUUCAAGA